CGGAGCGCACCCGGGGCGCCCGCGUUCGCCGCUCGCGGGAACUUUGCGGCGGAGCCGCAGGUGUGGAGGCCGCGGAGCGGUGCAUGAGCGGCGCGAGGGCGGCGCGGAGAGCGGCGGCUGUCCGGUCCAGCCCCUGCUGGAGUCGCCGCCGGGAGGAGGCGACCGAGGAACCAGGUGUGUGCCUUCUUCCUGAUCCUGGAGAAAAAUGCCGGUCCGGAAGCAAGAUACCCAGAGAGCAUUGCAUCUGUUGGAAGAAUAUCGAUCGAAACUAAGCCAAACUGAAGACAGACAGCUCAGAAGUUCCAUUGAGCGGGUUAUUAACAUAUUUCAGAGCAACCUUUUUCAGGCUUUAAUAGAUAUUCAAGAAUUUUAUGAAGUGACCUUACUUGAUAAUCCAAAAUGUGUGGAUCAUUCAAAGCAGUGUGAACCAGUUCAGCCUGUGACUACUUGGGAGAUUGCCAGUCUUCCAAGCACUGCCGUGACUUCAGAAACCCUGCCCAGCAGCCUUAGUCCUCCAGGAGAGAAAUACCGGUAUCAGGAUGAAGAGGUACUUUCUCCAGAGCACAUUUCCCCACAAGUCACAAAUGAGGUGCUAGGUCCAGAGCUAGUUCACGUCUCAGAGAAGAGCCUGUCAGAGAUUGAGAAUGUCCAUGGGUUUGUUUCUCAUUCUCAUAUUUCACCAAUAAAGCCCACAGAAGCUGUUCCUCCCUCCUCUCCCAUUGUCCCUGUGACCCCUGCCCUGCCAGUCCCUGCCGAGAGUACUGUCGUCCUGCCCUCCGUCCUGCCCUCCGCACCACAGGCAAAUCCUCCUCCAGUGCUGGUCAACACAGACAGCUUAGAGACACCAACUUACGUUAAUGGCACUGAUGCAGAUUAUGAAUAUGAGGAAAUCACACUUGAAAGGGGAAAUUCAGGUCUUGGUUUCAGCAUUGCAGGAGGUACAGACAACCCACACAUUGGAGAUGACUCAAGUAUUUUCAUCACCAAAAUUAUCACAGGAGGAGCAGCUGCCCAGGAUGGAAGAUUGCGGGUAAAUGACUGUAUAUUGAGAGUAAAUGAAGCAGAUGUUCGUGAUGUAACCCACAGCAAAGCAGUUGAGGCAUUAAAAGAAGCUGGAUCAAUUGUGCGGUUAUAUGUGAAAAGGCGGAAGCCAGCAUCAGAAAAAAUCAUGGAAAUAAAACUCAUUAAAGGUCCUAAAGCAGGUCUCGGGUUCAGCAUUGCUGGAGGUGUUGGGAAUCAGCACAUCCCUGGUGAUAACAGCAUCUAUGUAACCAAAAUCAUCGAAGGAGGUGCAGCACACAAGGAUGGCAAGCUUCAGAUUGGAGAUAAGCUUCUAGCAGUGAACAGUGUCUGUUUAGAAGAAGUUACUCAUGAAGAAGCAGUGACUGCCUUAAAGAAUACAUCUGAUUUUGUUUAUUUGAAAGUGGCAAAACCAACAAGUAUGUAUAUAAAUGAUGGCUAUGCACCACCAGACAUCACUAAUUCUUCUUCUCAGUCUGUUGACAACCAUGUUAGCCCAUCUUCAUACAUGGGUCAGACACCAGCGUCACCAGCCAGAUACUCGCCCAUUUCUAAAGCAGUGCUUGGAGACGACGAGAUCACCAGGGAACCUAGAAAAGUUGUUCUUCAUCGUGGCUCAACAGGACUUGGUUUCAACAUUGUGGGAGGUGAAGAUGGAGAAGGAAUUUUUAUCUCCUUCAUCCUUGCUGGAGGCCCUGCUGAUCUAAGUGGAGAGCUCAGAAAAGGAGAUCGCAUUAUAUCGGUGAACAGCGUUGACCUCAGAGCUGCAAGUCACGAGCAAGCAGCAGCCGCGCUAAAAACCGCCGGCCAGGCUGUCACGAUUGUCGCACAGUACCGGCCCGAGGAGUACAGUCGUUUUGAAGCUAAAAUCCAUGACUUACGGGAGCAAAUGAUGAACAGCAGCAUUAGUUCAGGGUCAGGGUCUCUUCGAACUAGCCAGAAGCGAUCCCUCUAUGUCAGAGCCCUUUUUGAUUAUGACAAGACUAAAGACAGUGGGCUUCCCAGUCAAGGAUUGAACUUCAAAUUUGGAGACAUUCUCCAUGUUAUCAAUGCUUCUGACGACGAGUGGUGGCAAGCCAGGCAGGUCACCCCAGACGGCGAGAGUGACGACGUUGGAGUGAUUCCUAGCAAGCGCAGAGUUGAGAAGAAAGAACGAGCCCGAUUAAAAACGGUCAAAUUCAAUUCUAAAACAAGAGGAGAUAAAGGGCAGUCAUUCAAUGACAAGCGUAAAAAGAACCUCUUUUCCCGAAAAUUUCCCUUCUACAAGAACAAGGACCAGAGUGAGCAGGAAACGAGUGAUGCUGACCAGCACGUAACUUCUAAUGCCAGCGAUAGUGAAAGUAGUUACCGUGGUCAAGAAGAAUAUGUUUUAUCUUAUGAGCCAGUGAAUCAACAAGAAGUUAAUUAUACCCGACCAGUCAUCAUACUAGGACCUAUGAAAGACAGAGUAAAUGAUGACUUAAUCUCAGAAUUUCCUGACAAAUUUGGAUCCUGUGUCCCUCAUACAACUAGACCAAAGCGUGACUAUGAGGUGGAUGGAAGAGAUUAUCAUUUUGUGACUUCAAGAGAACAGAUGGAGAAGGAUAUCCAGGAGCAUAAAUUCAUUGAAGCUGGCCAGUAUAACAACCAUCUGUAUGGAACGAGCGUUCAGUCUGUGCGAGCAGUGGCAGAGAAGGGCAAACAUUGUAUCCUUGAUGUGUCUGGAAAUGCCAUAAAGAGGUUGCAGAUUGCACAGCUUUACCCAAUAUCUAUUUUUAUUAAACCCAAAUCCAUGGAAAAUAUCAUGGAAAUGAACAAGCGCCUAACAGAGGAGCAGGCCAGAAAAACAUUUGAGCGAGCCAUGAAGCUGGAGCAGGAGUUCACUGAGCAUUUCACAGCCAUUGUUCAGGGAGACACGCUGGAGGACAUUUACAACCAAGUGAAACAGAUCAUCGAGGAGCAGUCUGGUCCUUACAUCUGGGUCCCAGCAAAAGAAAAGUUAUGAAGACGGACGGACAGACGGACGGACGCCGCUCUUUGUCUUUUCUGUGGUCUCAUCUCUUACCUGCUCCGGAGUGCGUGUUCAGUGUCCCUCUACACUGAUGCAGAGCCCCUCCUCAUGGUCGGCAGCCGUGCCUGUUUGACAUCUGUGUCCCUUCAUGUUGUGUCAUCUGUACUAUUCUGUGUUACUAUUGGUUUCUGGCCGCUUUUCAAAACUAAAGUUGAAUGGCCUGACCAGCUAUCUAGGGUUUGGGGAGAUGCAAAAUUGUAAAAUUCCUUAAUGUUUAAGGGAAAGUUAACUUUAAGAGAUUUUCAGAAAAGCUUUAUAUACAUUCUUUUCCAGUUUCAGUACAAAUGAAAGAAAAGUGGUUUUAAUCAGUGAUUCAGUGGACCUUGAGCACCUGUGCACGCUUAGCUCUAAUAGCAUGGAUGGCCCGUGUAUCAGCCCUCAAGUUCUUUCCUCAAUUGACUUCUGCAUUAAAGUAAUUAUUUCAUUAAAAACAGUAGGAAAAAUAGGGGCUUAUUUCAAAAUCAAUGUCUGAGUUAACUCAUGAUGUCAGGAGGGCCGUUCAUUACUGAUGGCAGGUCUUCCCUGUGAGUGUCCUCCCUGGAGCACUCGCCAGUGGGCUGUGCGGCACAGCAUGGUGGGUGGCCAGCGACUCUCAGCAGUGUCCGUACACUGUGGUCACGGGUCUAUCAGGCGCAGAGAACUCACCUUACACAGAACUGCAGACAAGGAAGCAUUUGGACAUGUAGCAGUCAUGGCAAUGGGAAGGAGUCCAAUUCACAGCCUAAAAUUAAUGUAUGCUUAGCGAGGGGUCAGAUUUCAAUGACUAUUUUACCCACAAUAACUGCCUAUUUUGUUAUAAUAAAAUAUAUAUAAAUAUAUAUAAAACUUUCUUUAACUAAACUCUGUAACUAUGGGAAUUAUUUUCUUUACAUAGUUGCACACACAAACAUAUAUAUAUAUUUAAAAUAUAUUUUUCUUUUGCCACCUACUUCUAACUUUUUGUUUGGUUUUUAAAUUAAAUAUUACUUGAUGAGACUUAUCGUCCUUAAUCAUGUGAACUUAAGACAAGCGUGUGGUGGCGGUGAGGAGAAGCCUCUAGGGAGAUUGUGAGGCGACGUCAGGCCUGUUCUCCUCUUCCCACAGAAGUUCCAGAAGGUUCCUAGGUUUUCUGUCAGCGUUGUGUUCUUGUCAUGGACUUUGAUUUUGGUCCUCUGCCUUUCCUCCUAGUGCUCCUCAUCUUAUUAAUAGACAAACUCCAUUUUUGAGAUUCCCCCAGACAAUUCAUCUUGCAUAGCUGCACUGAAGUAGAAUUACCCAGGUCUGACAGUAACCGGCGUUAGAACUGUUGGUGAGAGGCAGGAUGCUGCAGAAGUCCGGUUCUCUAGGCCGUUAUUAAUACCAUUUGGCUUCCCAUUGCUCUUUGGAAUUGUUUAUUGGUUAUUGGCAACUCUUUAAAAUUUCCUAAAUGAGUACUGGGUUGUAAAGAAGUAUCCAUUCCAGUUAUGAGAAAGAAGAGGACAGCUAAUAAACUUCAUUGUAAAAUCCA